AUGCAAGGCGCUGCAGAAACUGGAAACGUUGAGCUUGUGAGUUUAUUGAUUGAAGCAGGAGCAGACGUGAAUGCUCCGGCCGGCAAUAAAUGGACACCUUCUUUACAUCUGGCAGCAUCCCAAGGGGACAACGACAUUAUCAACUUACUCAUAGACUGUGGCACCGAUGUCAACUUUAGAGUUACGAGUCAAGGAUUAUAUGGAAGAACCGCGCUUCAAGCAGCAUGUAACACGGGAAACUAUGACACGGUACAUCUACUGCUUAGAAAGGGAGCUGAUGUGAACGCAUCGCCUGGUCGGCGUGGAGACAGAUGGUAUAGAGGACUCACAGCACUGCAAGCUGCCGCUGGCGGCGGAUAUCUACGUAUCGUACAGCUUCUUCUGGCGAAUGAGGCAGAUAUCGACGCAGCAGGAGGUGAAAAUGGCGGCCAUACUACUAUUGAAGCAGCUGCGUCUAAUGGGCGUAUAGACAUGUUGAAGCUGUUGCUCAAUGCUGGGGCAGAUAUCACCAGAACGGAUAAGUCCGCCGACAGUUGAAGAAUGCUAUGGCAUAUGCAACUAGGAGUGGCCACGACGCAGCUGCAAAAUUUCUCAAGCAUCAUCAACUUUGCUGAGAGGAGAUGACACUUAUCAUCCAGAUAAACAACUUCAGAAAGAUAAGUAGAUCUCGCAGUGCAACAUCACAAAAAGCAGGAUCCGACAUACCCCAUGGAGAGCUGGAUCAUCCCCGCCUCCACUUCCCGAUCCGCGUUCAACCACUUUCCUACUCUCGAAUCCCUACCCUAGAGCUUCGGCGAUUUAUUUUCAACAAAAAGGAGGGGGAACGCCGACUAUUUCAUAAAGUCUAGACUCGCUUCCUCGGGCUAGCGAAAUUCCGCACCCGAGCACUCAGGG